AAAAUGGUGAAAAUAAGAAGGAAAUGAAUCGAAGUGGAUAUUUGUAUAUGUAUGAAUAUAAUGCAUAAAAGAAGCAACAAAAAUGAAAAUUCCAUACACUAUACCGAAAUAUGUGUUUGAAACAUACCGAUGUUCAGAUGAAACGAUACAAUUACCGACCGAGACUGAACGAACAAUUCGGUCGGAAGAUGUUUACUGGGACGUGGACAGAGUUCCGAGCUUGAAGACCCUUGCUCUUCGUGUUAUAGCCUCUGAAUGGAAAAGAAAUCCAAUACUGGAAGAAUUACCGACAUGCGAGGAUAGAAAUGAGCUAAUAGAAAUUUUGUCUACCGAUUUGCCAUUUGAAUUGACCAUAAAGAAAAUUGAGGACGAAUAUUAUUGGGAACGUUGCUCGAAAGCUAGAUGGGAACACAACGAUUUAUCUAUGCAUGGUAAUUGUUGGCGACGACGUUAUUGCGAGGGUAUUUUUGGCGAAUAUUUGGAGAAUCUCGAUCCAACUUUCUUCGAAGCGCAAAAGGAAGAAUGCGAAAAAAUGAUCGAUCUCGUGCAUAAAUACGUGCAUACCAUACAGAUACGUUCUCUCAUACCUACAAGGAAAACAAGGAUAUCUUUAAACGACGAAGACCCUUGUGAAAAAGAUACAGAAUAUCCCGUUAAUCACAUCCCAUUAGAAAUUAUUUUACCACGUUUUCCUUAUCUUACGGAAAUUCGUAUUAAUUUUGGACAGAUUUAUAUGAACGACGGUUUCGAAUGGAAAGAUUUUGACAUUUCCAUUGAAGAUUGUCUGGGUCUUGGUCGUGGGAUUAAAGCUUGUGAGAAAUUGAAGAAGUUUAGUUUAACUAGGAGCAAUGUGGACCAAUUACGUAUUGCAGCUCUUCUUCAGGGAAUGGUGGAAAACCAUAAUAUAGAAGAAUUAAAUUUCUCUCAUUGCAAACUGGGAAACGUAGGAGCUCAGGCAAUUGGUGAAUUCAUAUUGUUGCACAAGAAGUUGAAGGUAUUGAAUUUGGAGAACAAUAACAUAGGACCGGAAGGAGUUGCUGGCAUAAUUUAUGGGAUGCUAAAGUUGGAGAACACGAUAAUGUUUAAAGUUCUGAAUCUAGGGAUGAACCCUUUGCUAGACAACGGGAUGUUUCACAUAUGUGCCCUUCUGUUAAGAAACGAAAGUUUGGAAGUUCUCAAUUUGAGUGCUUGCAAAAUAGAAGCUGCAGGGGGUAUGGCACUGGCCGAUAUAUUGAUUUCCGGUUCCAUCAAUUUCGAAAAUUUAAGUAUCGAUGUGUCGAACAACGAUUUUAAUGAAAAAAUUGGAGAGACAAUUGACUUAGCACUGAAGGAAAUUCCGUUUAUAGUGGAAUUCAAAGCUCGAAUGUGUAAUUUCUCGAAAAAAUCAGAAAAUUCUAUCUACGAGAGUGUAAUGAGAAAUAAACUAAAGAAACUGAAAGAGAAUACGAAACAGAUGCUUGAAGAAUCACAAAGAAUUUCCAGCGAUGUGUCUAUUUUUAAACAAGUACUCAACAAUAAUAUAUUCAAUAUAUAA